AUGGAUCGGGAUGGUUUAAGCUUGAUUUUCCAACUAACUGGAAUCAGCAGUCUUGUUUCGCAUCUCAACACUUCGACAAUGGAUUUUAUGUUGAUAAUUUGCUUGGCGGAUCGAUUUAUCUACUGCUAUUUUCUCAUCGAAGUAUGCCACAAGGAACCAGAACAUCUAUGGAUUAAAGAUUUAUUUUUUGAUUCGAGGUCAAUAUUUGAUAUUCAUUGAAUAUUCACUUCGAAAUAUUGAAGAAUUUCGGAAUGUUUUUGUCUCGAAUUUGUAACUGCAUAAGGUGAGUUGUUUGAUUAAUAAUAUGAAGCCCAGCAUUCUCAAUUUUUUGUGCUUUCGAUUUUCCCUCGAAACGAAUCUUUUCCCGCAACUCAAAUUUAGAAAACUCGAGAGGAAAAAUUUCAAAAAAUAAAGAGCGCCAGUGAGUGUGCAAACACCGUUGCGAGCUACAGUAAUAUUAUUAUCAUUCAUUUUUUGCUGACAUUUGAAAUAAAUACUCUGUAAUUUUCAGAAGCUGCCAGUUUCGUAAUUGAUGAAUGGAAUCGAGACCUUAAUAGCCCGGUUUGAUUGAAAUACAUACGGACGUGAGUCCAACGUGGAAAAUGGAAAGUUUAUCGAUAAUUCCGAAAAAUCGACAUAUAGUGCAAUUAUUGGUCGAAAAUGGGAUCGGGACCUGGCUCCCCGAUUCGAAUAAUAUUCUACAAAAUUUGGAGAUUCUUAGCGAUCAACAAAAUGGACCUAAUCCCCAUCAUUUGCUCAAAAAGCUCUCGAACUGCUCCCGCAAAUUUCAAAAAUUGAGGAAGAAGGAUUAUACAAAUUGACUUCUUGUCCGAAAUUCGAGCGAGGAAUUUGCGAAUCGUCGUGAGUCUUUUUCCUAAAAAUAAUUUCGGUCCCCCAUAGGCAUUAUUUUCCAGUCUUUUUAAUUCACAACAGUGAAGAAAAAAGAUGAGAUUGAAAAAAAAAACAAUUUGAAUUACGUGAAACGUGUACACGUUGCAGAAUACGUGGCCGACAGGAAAAAUUGUUGGAAUAUAAAGCAUGUGGGCCCAGAUUUUUCAAUUUUUGUGCUAUUCUCUCGCUGCUUCUCGAAAAUUCUCUCGCUAUUUCUCGAAAAUUAAAAAAAGUGUGUGCAAACACCGUUGCGUUCUACAGUAAUACUUAUUAAUUUUGAAUUUUCAGAAGCCGCUAG